GUAGUGCCGCCGGCUGCGGCGGCGGCUGUUCUGCUCAUUACCGCCACACGUUUCGCGGACGCCGGUCGACAUUCGUCUGCGCACCCGUCGUCGUCCACUGAACGUCCGAUUUUCGUCGAAACCUCGUCGCUUUUUUAUUAAAUUUUCGAGUUUUUUUUUUUCUCAGAAAUUUAAAAAAAAGAUACUCUUAAAAAGACUUAUUGAAAAACGUUUUAUUAUUUUUUUCUCAAAAGACGAAUAAUAAUAAUUUUUGUGUCUUUUUUUUUUUUUAAUUUAAAAUUUGUGCGUUGCGUUUUUUAUUUUGGGAUUUUCCAAAUUUUUUUUUUUUGUGUUAAUUCGGUUUUUUAAAAAAUACUUUACAUCCCGGCCAUGGUGGUUGUCGGCGCCGUCGUUGUUUAAGUACCGGACCUAGACACCGCGUUGGAUAACAACAAGACAGGAGGACAAGGCCAACGAGAAAGAAAGGCAGGAGCCGAGAAAAAAGUCCUAACCGGAAUUUCCAAGUUUUCCAAGUAUGGUGCCGACAAUGGAGGUGAGCCUUAAGAAGGAAUCGCCAAUAACGUACAGCAACGGCAAGCGGCUGUUCACCAUCGACCAGAAGGUGGACGCCCUGGUCCGCAUCAAAAUGACCGGCUGUUCCAAGGCCGAGGUGGCCCGGAGCCUGCACGUGGCCGAGUCGACGUUCCGCGGUUGGUUCAAGAACAAGGACAUCGUCAUGAAGGCGGAGGCCAAGUACAACGAGCUGAAGACCAAGUCGACGUCGUCUUCGGACGGUUACAAGUCGGACGACAACCGCUCGAAGCGGUCGUUCUCCGUCGAGUCGGACAACAAUUCGUCGACGUGCUACACGGACGAGCGGGAAGGCAGCCGGUCGCGGUUCAGCAGCCCGGACACGUGCGCCGCCCCGGCCGUCGUCCGCCGCAGUCCCGAUCAACACCAGCAGCACACCAACAUCACCAUACCCCACAUCCAGCAGCAGCAGCAGCAACAGCAACAGCAACAACAGCUACAGCAGCAGCAACUCACCAACAACACACACCUGGCAGCCGCAGCGGCCGCGCACCACCACAUAUCCUCCCUGGGCCUUUCGGGAGCGUCGGCCGCGGCAGCCGUGGCCGCCGCAGCAGCAGCAGCGGCCGCCGCCGUCGAACACCCCGGUCUCAGGCUGAGUCCAGCCGAUCUGCACAGCAAGAUCAACAGUUACUUCAGCCCGGCUCCACUGUCUGCGUCGCGACCACCCGUCUCGGACAUUUUUCUCCCUCCGGCGUACGCCAUCGACAACUGUUACAACAAGUCCAGCUUCAUCAACACCAUGGUGACGGCCACGCUGAUGGAACCUCAGGCGCUGGACCUGUCGACGCACUCGAGGAACAAGUGUAAGGAUUCCUUGCCACCGUUGUCGGCGUGCACACAGGCCACGCAGACCAGCCCGAAAAUAGUCAGACACAAUUUCUACAGGAACCUGUACAAGCCGUACGCGUCCCGGUGCAUGCAGGAAGAAAAGGUAUAAAAGCCCGGGCCGGCAAUACACUACCACCACGUUGCCCGUUCAAGCACCGCACCAGUCAACGCCGCCCACAACAUCUAUUUGUCGUGCACGCCGUGAGGGGCAAGGGCGAACCAUACGAAAAACGCUCUCGUGUCCCCCGAACCAACUCUCAAACACACAUACACACUUACACACAUACAUCUACACACACACACACACACACACAAACCAA